UCGCAUCGAGUUCAACGCCCACUGAAUGGUCAGACAAAUUCUAAAUUCCCAACCUAAACCCACCACUCUCUCUCUCUCUCUCACGUACCCGAUCCCGAUCAAGGAGAUGGUUCAGUCUCUCUUCUCCCCAGCUGCCCACAUGGCUCUUCAGAUCUCAUGUUCCAAGUUUGCGUGGCUCAAUCUCCACCGUCCAUCCUCCUCAAAUUUCCCCCCGUCACAGCCGCUGUUCCACCAGCCGCCGCUCUUGCCGCUUCAUCUCCGGCCACUCCUCUCUCCUCCUGCCAGGAGCACCAGUGCACUGGCAUUCGACUUCAAAGGUGGCAAAGGAAUGAGUGGAUUCCAUGAUGUUGAGCUCAAAGUCCGCGACUACGAAUUGGAUCAAUAUGGUGUUGUAAACAAUGCUACUUAUGCGAGUUACUGUCAACAUGGUCGUCAUGAACUUUUUGAAAGGAUUGGUUUAAGUGCUGACUCAAUUGCCCGUGCUGGUGAUGCACUAGCACUGUCAGAUCUGUCACUCAAGUUCCUUGCACCUUUACGAAGUGGAGACAGGUUUGUUGUGAAGGUGAGGGUAUCUGACUCUUCAGCUGCUCGUUUGUUCUUCGAACACUUCAUCUUGAAGCUACCAAAUGAGGAGCCCAUUCUGGAAGCAAGGGCCACUGCAGUUUGGCUUGACAAGAACUAUCGUCCUGUCCGUAUUCCACCAGAGGUGAGAUCUAAGUUUGUUCAAUUUGUUCGCCACGAGGAAUCCAAUUAAGUGAAAAUUCAGCAAAAUGGCCUAUUUGGCUGAAGACCUGGUGAAGCUAAUUUACUUCCCCACUUGCUCUCAAUACCCAAAAGCACUUUUUUUUGGUUGGUUUGGGUUGCUAAAAGAUUAUCCAAAAUCGAGAAAGUAACAAUAUUCAGAUAGAAGGAUUCCCGUUCUUGUAAGUUUUGAUUUGAUACAAAAACCUCGUGGUUACAAAUUAAUAGUGAAAUGGAGUAGUUAGAAAUUGCUCCUUCUGGAAUUUUGCUCA